GAAGGCCUAUCUAUUUCUACCUCCAUGACAUAUGAGGAAACUAUGGAGGGCCACAUGUUGAGCACGAUCGUCGCAGGACGAACUCGUACCAGAAGGCGUUCUGAUGGGAUUGUCAACGAAACAGACGAAGGGUUAUAGGGACUACCUGUUCAUGGGCAGUCUCAAAUACAACGAUGGGCAUUGCCAUGUAUGGAAACAGCCCAAUUAUUACGACAUGGCACACGGUGAGCGAAUCCGGAAUAUGAUCGAUUCGUUCAGCUGUCACCUGAGGUGGCAAGAGCUCAAAGCCAUCGCCAAAGACAAAUCCACCCUCAAACGCGAGGAGGGGAUCCUGGCCCGGGAGACGUGGAACUUCUACGAUCGACCGACUUACUACACAGCUAUACGGAACCUCCAAGGGUUCAUUGCUUACAACCUCCAGAAGCCGGUUGAAGCGCAGGAUUUUUUCGAAGAUGUACUGGAUAAGGAUCAGAAUAACGUCAACGCUCUUGCGAAUCUUGCUCACAUGUUUCAGGAACUCGGUAAACUGGACCAUCAUCACCGGUAUGUGGACAAGCUAGCUGUGAUUCUUGGAGGAAAAAACUACGAAGAGAAGGCCAGAGCUUAUGCUGACAAGGCACACGCCAUCCGUUACUUCGAGCAGUUCAAACGAUGCUUCAGGUAUAUGAGAUAUAUUCAACGUGCUGCUGUUAUCGGAAAACACUGUGCUGGACCGCAGAGGGCAGAAUGGUUCUUCGACUUUGCCCUGGCUCUUUACAGGCGAGACGUCCAGAUGCUCUACUUGAGGAAACUGAGUUCCUCUGAGGAGAAUGAGUUACUGGAUAACUCGGAUUGUUACUCAGAUACCAAAAUCAAAGAGGGGUUCCUAAAUGCGUGUAACUAUUUCAAACAAGUGGCCAUGAUCAGCACUUCAAGAGAUUACCAAGCCUUGUCUUGGGUCUUCCUUGGGAUCCUUGUCAACCACGAUCCGGAGCACCGGAGUCUUGCUGAAGUAUUUCCAGAGAAGCCUGAGUACCGCCUCACACCGGAUCAGUGUUUUGAGAAAGGUCUUGGCAUACAUCCAGAGCAUGAGAUUGUACUCCGUAGGGUAGGAUCCGAAUAUGUUAAACUGAAGAGGUUCGAAGAAGCCAAGCAGUUGCUUGAUAAGUCUUUGAACAUUCUACAGUCUCGGUUCGGGUAUCGCUAUCGAGCAGAUAUGUACCUCAAGAUGUACGAGGCUGCUUCUGUGAAAGACGAGCAGACGAAGGAGUUGCUUCGAAACGCCGUAGCGGACUUAGAAAAGGCUCUGAAGUUCAAGGAGGUCCAUGCAGACUUCUCGGAUCUUGGAUAUGCAUACUUCCUUCUCGGUGAGACUAACCAGGCACUGAACAAGUUUGUUCAGGCCGUGCGUUGCGACCAGGAUGAUUUCUUUGACCCGGUACUGACCCACCAGCGAUGGGCUGAGUGCCUGGAGAAGGACAACCAGCCUGAAGGGAGCCGGGCGGAGCUGGAGAAAGCGAAGGAAAUACGUAAGAGGGUGCUGGACACACCUCUGGAGGAAGACCAGUGUGAUUCAUAUUUUGCGCAUGAUUUUGAGCAUUACAAUACGAACCCGAAGCCGGGCUUUGUCCGUAUUCUCAUGGACUAUCACUUUUGGAGUGCCUGCUCCAAGAGAAGGUUGUCGGAGCUGAGCUCACCCGGUCCGACCAAUGGGAGACACGCUUAUCAGUUUGAUCUGUUCGUGUGGCACACGGAGGAGAACAGCAGAUGGGCUGUGGCGUUUGUCCACAAGCUGGAAUCGGAGCACAAGCUUAGAUGUUGUAUCGAGAGGAGGGACUUCAUGGUGGGCAGGGAGGUCCCUGGCAACAUCCUGGACUGUCUGAAGCUGAGCUACCGGUGUGUGAUCGUCCUCCCGGGGGGGAAGUGGACUAAAUACACCAUCAAUCAGGCACUAGGGGUGUCAAACACUAGGGAAGGGUUGUUUAUCUUGCCCAUCAAAGUGAGGGAGUGCCCCGUACCGGAAGAGCUUGGGUAUAUGACAGUCAGGGAGUGCGAAGAGGGGCAGGUCAAACAGGAACACUGGGACGAGAUCGUGACGAUCUGCCGGCAGACAUAACAGUGGAAAGCGAGGGCUUCGAAUCAGGUAGAGAUGAUUUUCACAAGCUUGCGUCGUUUCAAUUCUCAAGUUGGGUCAAUGUUACUAAAGUUACUUGUGUGUAAAUAUCAUUGCAGAUCGAAUGUUUUAUGUAGCAUUUUUAAAGGGUCUCAUGGAACGAUUUCAUAGCAAAGUAUUUUGACUGAACAGUUUUUGUGCAAAUGAAAGGUGAUAUUGAGCAGCAAAUGAUGAUUUUAGUCUAUAGCAACUGAUACAUUUUGCAUAGCAUUUUGCUCUGCUAUACAAGGGGAAUCGUUCACUGGGUCUGUAUACGUUUUGUUUUUUGUAAUGACUCUGAAAAUUACUGUCAUAAACAAUGCUUGGUGUAAGAAGUACAGCGGCUCUGGAUAAUGUGAUGCAUUUUGAGAAAACUAUUAACUUCUAAGUACCACGGUUGAUGGGAAACUAUUACUGCAGCUGAAAUUUUCACAGGUUAUUUUUUUUUUUUGUAUAUAAUCUGCAACUAUAAAGUAUUGAAACAAAGUGGGUUAUAAUUACCAAACGUACACAAUGUCUUUAUUAAUUCGUAUAAAAUGUAGGCCUACCUCUCUGGUAUAGUUAUAGAUCUUUGAAAGAAAACUACACAUUGCGGCAUGUAUAGCAGUUUGACGUGUUAUUAUAUGUACCUUCAUUCGAUCUUUUGAAGUAUCAAACAAUCAGAUUUUGCCAGAAAAUUUACCAAAACAAAGUUGACCUGUAUACACGAAUGUAUUAUGUGGUUAUGACUUAGUAAAAACAAACACAUGGGCCGGUACGGGAAUGACCCUAAUACUUCCCCAGGUCGUUUGUUUUAAAGAUCUCUAUCUAUUUAUUGGGAUCGCAUACAAUGCGCGUACGUAUAGGCGCCAUUUCAGUAAGCAAUAUACCAUGAAAAUGAUAUCAUUAAGUAGGGCGCUUCAUCUGUGGAGGUUGUUCUUUGGCAAGUCCUCAGUGCCGCGCGUACGAAUCAGUGUUGAUCUUUCCAUUUUAGCGUGAAAAGAAAUCAUUAGUUGCUGCACUAUAUAUGCAGUCACCAUGACCAAUGGCGGAACAUGUUUCGAUUCAAUGUAUGUUGUUGUACCAGCAUUCGAAUAAUAAUACCUUGGCAACUUGUCAUGAUCCAUCAUAAAUUAUUUCGGCAUGAAUAGCAUUGCAGGUAUUACCAUGUAGAUAUUUGCACAACAUAUCAAUACGGCAAUAGUAUAAUAAUAGACACCCCUAUUGUGACCUAGGGGUUGUUGACAUCCAACUUGAGUUAUUUUAGAUGGCAUAUGCCCCGACUCAAAUAAAGGGUCCUAUUUGCCAAGUGGUGUACAUACAUCUACAUGUACUGUAGGGACAUUUUUGUGGUGCUUUGACCUUUUUAAAAUUGCACUGAUGGUAUUUUUAUUUGGAGGGCGAACUCAACGGGCCCAAGAACUCUCCACAUCUCAACUUGAGCAGAGGAAAAAAGUUUCGAACAGUCUACUCUGCUCGUCUUCAGUUCAGGAAACUUGUUUUCCCCCUGAAUACGAGCAGAUUAUUUCUCCUGAAGAUGAGCAGGGUAUACUGUUCGAAACGUCGAGACCACACCGGUUUUGCUUUGUUCAGAGCCAAUACUCCCUCAAAUAUCUUAUCAUAUUGUC